GAAAAAAAAAGUGAACGACCUCGUGUGGGAAACUUAACGAAGAAAUGCCAAACAAAUGGCGUAUUUGGAAAAUUGUGCGGAGGAUAUUGAGAAAUUUUGCCCAAGUGUUUUCACUGUGAAUUCCAAAGUGCUCUCCCAUCUUCCACAUUAAUUUACACUGAACAAUUUACACUGUAGCGAUUAGGAGGAUCAUUUGAAUAGCCACAAUGCCAGCCAAGGAGAGAAAUAUUGCCAUGAUGGGCUACAGAAGUGUUGGGAAAUCCUCGCUUAGCAUCCAGUUUGUACAAGGUCAAUUUGUCGAUUCUUAUGAUCCAACAAUUGAAAAUACAUUCACAAAGCUCACCAGGGUCAAUUCGACUGAUUACGAGGUGAAACUUGUGGACACGGCCGGACAGGACGAAUACAGCAUAUUCCCAGCUCAGUACAGCAUGGAUUUCCACGGAUACGUCCUUGUCUAUUCCAUCACCAGCCGGAAGUCCUUUGAAGUCAUUCAAAUCAUCUACGAAAAGCUCAGUGAUGUCAUGGGAAGUGCUCACGUACCGGUUGUUCUCGUUGGGAACAAGACUGAUUUGCACCAGGAACGCGCUGUGAGUACGGAUGAGGGCAAAAAAAUGGCUGAAGCAUGGAAAGCCACAUUCUUGGAGACUUCUGCUAAACAAAAUGAGUCUGUGGCCGAUAUCUUUCAUUCCCUCUUGCAACAAAUAGACCGCAGCAAUGGAAAUCCACAGGAAAAAAGUAGUUGCCUAAUAUCCUGAGUUGCUGCCCGGAUGGAGGACUUUUUAAUAAAUUUUAAAAAUAAUCUAGUGUAAUUAAAACAAGGAUAAAAGAAGUCUAACAAGAAAAAUGUAAUCCAAAAAAAACGUCUACAGAAUAUACACCUUAAAAAGUUGUAAAGGAAAGAAAAAUCUUGCAAAAAAUAAUUUAUCUGCCGGAUAGAACAAAAAAAAAAACUUAAAGGUCGAAUGAAAGAAAGAAAAAAAAAACGUAUCAAGGGCGCAAUAAUGAAUUUAAGAAAAAAAUCUGUAUAAUAAAGGGGAUGGUUUUUUAAUGAGAUCGAGAGAGAGAAAAUGUAGGAAAUUCGUAAGGAAAAACCCAAAUUGACCAAGAUAAACUUCUCAAGAGCAACUUUAAGCCGGAACAGCGAUUGUAAACUUAAAAAAAAAAUCAACUUAAUUCGAGCAUUUCUCUUGAAGCGUUAAUUUUUUUCAGUGUGUACAACUGAUGAAAGCAUAACUUUAUUUACAAAUCUAUAUUAGAAUCUUAAGUAAAAUUAUUUUUAUUUUCUACAGUAGAGUCUUAUUUAUGCAAGUCUCUGUUUUUUUUUUAAAGAUUAGAUAGAUUUUAUUUAGUGGACACAUCGAGAGAUUUAUUUCUUUUUAUUGCAAAAAUUGGUGAGAAACCAAUGAGGAUUUUUCUUCUGCACAAGAAAUGUCUUUUUUUUUGUACAUCAAACCCUCACCGAAUGGUGUUUCCCUUCUGUCUUCUUUUCUAAUAAACACAGUGACAAAGAAAA